AUGCCUCGUAAACCAUGUUACUGGACUCGUAAACUAGAGUUAGAUUUAGUAGAAUUCGUGAGACAGAGAGACUUUAUUUGGAAACCAUAUGGUAACACCAAUCAUCAAAUUCAGCAGAAAUAUAAAGCUUAUGCAGAGUUUGCUGCCAGGUUAGGCCGUGGUUAUUCUGCACGCUCAGUGAGGGAUCGCUGGGUGAACAUCCGAAGCACGUUCAAUCACAACCUUCGACGCGUGGACAAGUCAAAGGAGACGGCCGGGUCACCCGCCGAAGUGUUUGUACCAUGCUGGCCAUUAUGGAAGCCAUUACAGUUUCUGCGAGAGAUACCCAGAAAGGAGGACUUAAACAAUUAUGAGACAUAUCAACCGAUCCGACGUGAUACGGGCGUUAAGCAAGAAACCAAUGAACUCGUGAAAGAGGAACUGCGAUCGGACGUUGAGGAACUGCAGUUGGGUAUCAGGCAACGAGGCAGAAGGACGGACAGGCCGCGACGCCGUCUAAAACCGUUAAAGAGGAAAAAGAAGACCGACAAAUGUAUCGGACUGAUCGAAGACCUCGUCAAAGCCUUAAGACCCAUCGUGCCCAAUUCGGUGUCUGCAUCGGAGAGGGAGGACGAAGCGAGCUUCUGGUUUUUCGGGAGGCACGUCACCGAAAGGAUGAACGCGAUGAGGGACGUAGACGCGUCCUGCGCCAAUAGAGAAAUCCUCAAUCUGCUGGACAGAUACAGCCAGUUGAACGGCGCCGCAAUCAAAAGCGAAGACUCCACUUCGGAU